AUGAGCGGAACCAACAACACCGGCGGGGCAACCCCCCCUCACUACAAGAUCGCCGUGGGCUCCUUGAACCCCGUCAAGAUCGACGCGGCCCUGGAGGGCUUCCGCUCCGUGUUCCCUAGCGCCACCUUCAGCGCCACUGGCGUACUUGCCAACCCGGGCGUGGACAGCCAGCCCUUAUCGGACGGCGUGGCCUUCCUCGGCGCCUGGAACCGCGCCCGGCACGUCUUCGACCUGUGCCCCGACGCCAACUACUGGGUCGGCAUCCAAGGCGGCGUGCAGUGGGAUACGUACAGCCUGAACACCGGCGAGGGCAAAGGCGACGGCGGCCAGCUGCAGGCCUUCUCAUGGAUCGUCGUCCUGGGCGGCGACCGCGGCGAGUUAAUGGGCAAGGCCCGUACUGCUACCCACUACCUCCCCUCGGACAUGAGCCACCUCAUGCACUUCGGAUACGACCUCGGCCUCGCCCACCACCAGGCCCACCGCGGCAUCGACUACAACCCGACUGACGGAUCUGUCGGCUUGCUCACGCACGGCAUUUAUGGCCGAGACGAGUCCUACCUUCACGCCAUCAUCUUGGCCUUGAUCCCUCACCGCAACCCCACCGUCGCCUUCUAG